GGGAGAGGAGCCGCGAUGUUUGGAUUACCACAACUGUGCCGUUAUUCUGAGAAUUAUUUUCACAGGAAUGCGGUGGAUGCUAUAACAAUAACAAGAUUAGGUUGAAAAAGUGAAGGAGAAAUUAAGAAACAGAUUUUCAAACAGAUUGAGAGCCGAAGUGGAGAAAGUGUGACAGAGCGGGAUUCCGUUUCAAAAGAAGGGUGAGAGGGGGCGACCAUGCACCGCGCGUUCUCCUUUCCAAUGACUGCGGAGCGCUGUCGGAACAAGGAGCGCCUGGAAGCGAGUCUCGCCGGACUGUGCGAGCUGGAGUUGCUCAAGCAGAGGCAGGAGUGUCUGGUUCUUGGCGCUUUGUCCCUUGGGGACACCGACCCGGGGCACCCCGCCUGGGGUGACCUCCAGCCACCCCUCUCCGCCCCCACGGGCCCCAGCCGCGUGCAAGAAGACUUGACUUUGAGACGCCAGCUGAACAGCCUGCAGAGCCCGCCCUGGGGCCUGAUGGCGGCGCUGGCCCAGCUGGUGGGGGACCUGAGAGUGGACCUGGAGCCCGGCGGGGCCCAGCCCCAGGGCGACCCGGCAGAGAGCCGGUCCAGCUCAGGGUUUUACGAGCUGAGUGCGGGCCAGCCCCUGGUGACCGUGUCCGACCCCUCUGUGUUCGGGGACCUCUCCUCCAGCAGCCUGGGGGAGGGCAGGGUGCCCUGCGUGGGAGAGAGACCCAAGUCUAUCAGCGACAUCUUCAUGGCCAGGCGUGACGGGCUGCUGGAGCCCUGCCCGCGGCCGGCGGUUCCCCGGUCCUUCUCCGCCCCGUACGCAUCUCUGGAGGGCAUCGCGGAGGGGGUGGGGGAGGAGGACCCGUGCGCCUGGGGCUCUGAGUACCUGUCCCCCGGGCUGGAGGAGAGCCCCACGGCGGAGGACUUCCAGGAGGCCCUGCGGGUGGAGGGCUACAUCCUGGGCCUGAUCCAGCGGCGCGUCCUUCCCACCCGGCCCAGCAAGCCGCGCACCACCCUGGGGCCAGAGAGCCGCGGCGUGGCCCGGCAGAGCAGCCUGCGCCGCAAGGAGGGCCCCGAGAGCCGCAACGCCUCCCCCGGCCUGCCGGGACUCGACAGCCCGUCCUGGGCCUUCCAGGGCCUGGAGGAGGAGCGGGGCGGCGGGGCCGAGGACUGCCUGCCCCCUCGGUACCCCCUCCCCCGGCCCGCCGCGCUGGACUACCCCUGCCGGGGCGCGGAGCCCAGCAGCAGCGAGCCCGAUUCGCCCCAGCGCAGCGCAGACUCCCCGCGCACUCCGUCGCCCGGCGACCAGCUGGUGAGCGCCCACUACAUCCCCGCCCAGCCCUGCCGGGCCGCGCCCUGCCGCGCCCCGCCCGCCCACCUCCUCCGCCCCGCCCACCGGCCCCCGGCCCCCGCCAAGCCCCAGCGGACUCCCUACUCCCCGGAGCGGGCCCCUCCCGCCAGCCGCUCCCGGGCCCCGCCCAGGAAGUGCCGGGGCGGCGAGGCGGACAGCCCCGGCCCCAGGAAGGCGGGCCGGCGGGCGGGGCGCUCGCAGUCGGAGAACAGCCUGCUGGGACAGCGGGCCGGCGAGCGCAAGUACAGCACGGUGGAGCGGGACGCGGGGCGGGGCUGCCAGGCCCGGCCGCGGAGGCCACAGCCGGGGAGUCUGGGAUACCGCCGCUGGCGCUCCACCCAGGAGCUGAGCCAGGACGAGGGGGAGCCGGCCGGGGAGCAGGCCUCCCGGCGCCCGCGGAAGCCCCGCCCGCCCCCGCCGCCCUACCCGUACCCCUACGCCCCGCACCCCCACUACCGCCACGGGGACGGCGGGGAGGCGCCGCCCUGCCGGCCGGAGGAGGCGUACGGCGCGCCCCCCGCGGGCGAGUCGGAGAGCAGCCUGAGCGAGGCCGACUCCCGGGGCUCCAGCUCCCUCUCCACCGACUCGGACGAGAGCGGAGGGCUGGUCUGGCCCCAGCAGCUGCCCCCUCAGCUCAACGCCGCCGCCUCGCCCCCCAAUCCGCCCGGCGGCCCCGCCCAGCCCAAGGCCUUCGUCAAGAUCAAGGCCUCCCACGCCCUGAAGAAGAAGAUCCUGAGGUUCCGCACCGGUUCCCUCAAAGUCAUGACGACGGUCUGAAGUCACCCUGACUGCCCUGUCCUGAAGGCCACCGUGCCUACAACUACCAUCAUCCUCCGCUCAUCCCCACUUCAGAUUGAAUCCUCUAACGGGGGGUGGACCAAAAACUCUCAUCUGAAAUGCCCCUUCUUCUACCUUCUGCUGCAGUUACGUGAUGUCAAACGUAUGGCAUUAUUCAGGGUCCUACUGUCCUUAACACUGUCCUCGCAGACAAAUUCUAAUGAUGCACUGCAUGGAUAACACAUAGGAAGCUGCCCCAUCAUUUUCUUUUAAUUAAGAUUCACGGGAAGAACGUUCAUUUGUCAAGCUUGACUUGACUAUUCACGAGUGUGUCUCGCAAUGUUCAUGCACACGUAUUGCUAACAGCUUGGCGAGGUUCCUGGCUUGUGCCUCAGUCUCUCUAAAGGUACCCACCCCCACAAUCCUAAUAAACAACGUAGGCCCGUAUUCACAUUGAUUUGAUCGGUGCAGCGGUGAAAAGGAACCCCCGGCGUAUUUGCGCUUAAACAGAAAGCCUCCUGAAGACUUGGGCACCCCGGCCGAGUGACGGCACUGCCGGCGCCCCAGAGAGAACGCUCUGCAUUCGAUCUCCUCCCAGCAUGCAACGGGGCGAGUGGUCCUGUGCGUUCCGGUGUGUCGCCACACCUGUAGAUCCCAGUACGUAACUGCCUGUGGCCUUGUAUUUGUGAAUGAAUGUAUCCUGUAAAUAAAGAGAUGUUACCUCA